AUGUCUUCUCCCACUCUCAAUGAAGAUAGCAACGGCAGUGAUCCGCGUAAUUCACGCCACUCCGAUGAAAGCACGCUUCAUAGCCACCGGGGUUCGGAUCUCUCUCAGUACGGCGAGACCGACGCGCUCAACCCCUUCGGCGACCACAAUGAACAGAGAGACCACCGCGACAGCGAAUCCAACCAUUCUGAAGUCCCGAAUGACCCAAACGAUGACACCCAUAAUGCAGACAAUGCCGGCCUUUCCGCCGAGCCUGUUCAUGAGACACCUCGGUCCCAUAACCGCGUGAGAUUUCGAUCUAUUAGCAGUAUUCACGGCCCUGAGCUGAGUCACAGUCGGCCACUGGCGUCGGAACCGUUAUACCAUCAAUCUGAAGACCUGACGGAGAUUCCUCUGCAUGAACGAUCAGAAAGGGAAGAAGAUAUAAAUCCAGCGGUAACUGCAUCAACGGAUCGUACGCCGACAGCCAGGAACGACGGUGAGGCCUCCCAUUACCUUGAUGUAGAAAAACAACAAAAUAGUCAACCCACUCGUUCCAGAUCCGUCAAGGAUCGGUUUAAGGAUGCUGGUCAGGUGAUCAGACAGAAGACCGUCCGCCUGGGAGAACGGCUUGGCCGACCACUCGAUGACGGAGAGACGCUCAGUCCGUCAUACUUCCCAGAAGAUUUGGAUGGAGCCAGGGAAUACAUUCCUCUGAAGAGGACGCGAACGAGGGAAGGUGGAGGUCAUGGCGAAGACCACGGCCGUGGCCAGUCGAGCUCACUUUCGCGUCCGCAUACACGUCUGCUGCCAAGUUCGGAGGCGCAUCGCUUGGUUCAGGGAGUCACUCAGAGUAGAGCCAACCUGUUUCGACGGAGGAGGCCCAGAAGUGCAUAUUCACGUUCAGGUCAGAGUACUCCCGAGAGACCCGGGCUCGGUUCACGGCCCCCGUCGUUCACUGGUGGUGGCGUCCUGUCCCAGCUUCUGAGAUUACAUGCGAACCAAAGUGCACCGUCUCAGUCUGGGACGGACACUGCGUCCGUGACGGAGUCUGAGGCGAGCGAUAGCCAACCCCCCUCGGGCACGACGACCCCAGGAGCAACGACCCCUGGCACGGCAACCCCUAAGAAGGAGAAGGUGAAGUGGUAUAAGAACAAACACCGACGAAAUCAACAUUCUAUUGGCUCUCUAGUUGAGGCAGGCAUGAAUCUUAGCAGUGCCCAUUUGCCGGCUGGUGGCGAUCUAGUCGCGGCGAUUGAACAAAAGCGGCCCAAAAAGAAGAAGAGGCGCAGCACUCGAUUGGAAGAUGAGAUCCGUGUCACAGUCCACAUUGCCGAGAUAAUUGCGCGGCAGGGAUAUAUCAUUCAGCUCUGUCGGGCGUUCAUGAGGUAUGGGGCCCCGACCCACCGACUCGAGGAAUACAUGCAGAUGACGGCCAAGGUAUUGGAUAUAGAGGCCCAGUUCCUCUAUCUCCCUGGCUGCAUGCUCAUGGCCUUUGACGACCCGUCUACCCGAACGACCGAGUUCAAGCUGGUCCGGGCUGCCCAGGGCGUAGAUUUGGGCCGCCUGGCAGACGUGCAUAACAUCUACAAGAAUGUAAUCCAUGAUAUCAUUGGUGUUGAGGAGGCGUCUCGGGAUCUGGAGGAGAUCAUGGUUAAGAAACCUCGGUUCAGCAAGCCAAUCGUGGUUCUGGCUUAUGGCGUUGCUAGUGCAGCAGUCGGGCCAUUUGCGUUCAAUGCGAGGCCUGUUGACAUGCCGAUCAUAUUUCUGCUUGGAUUGCUGGUCGGAUUCAUGCAGAAUGUGCUCUCCAGGUAUUCAGUGUUGUAUGCCAAUGUAUUCGAGGUCACAGCGGCCAUAUUGACGUCGUUUCUGGCACGAGCAUUUGGCAGUAUCAAGGUCUGGCGGGAUGGAGAGAAAGUCAACCUGUUUUGUUUUGGAGCACUGGCGCAGUCUUCUAUCGCACUUAUUCUCCCUGGUUUCCUUGUCCUCAGCGGCAGUCUUGAACUACAGUCACACCAGAUGAUUGCCGGAUCAAUCCGGAUGGUCUAUGCGAUGAUCUACUCCCUCUUUCUCGGGUAUGGCAUGACGGUGGGCAUUACCCUUUACGGCAUGAUGGACUCGAACGCGACGAAGGAUCCGACAUGCCACGACUUGUCGGUUUACGGCAACAAGUACGCACAACGCAUUCCGUUUGUUGCUAUCUACACGAUCCUCUUGGUAAUUGUCAACCAGGGGAAGUGGAAACAGGCUCCUGUGAUGGUGAUGAUCUCUGUCGCAGGCUAUGUUACCAACUAUUUCAGCGGGGUGCGUCUUGGACCCAACUCUGAAGUGGCCAACACGGUCGGCGCUUUCACAAUUGGCGUCCUUGGCAAUCUGUACUCGCGUCUGUGGCACGGCCACGCGGCCACUGCUAUCCUUCCGGCUAUCUUCGUGCUGGUGCCGUCUGGUCUCUCGGCCAGCGGUUCGUUGCGAUCGGGUCUCGCGUAUUCGGAGCAAGUGGAGAAUGCGAAGCAUAAUGGGAGUAACAAUGCCACAACGCUGUCGUCGGACUCGUCGGCAAGCAGCUUGGGUCUUGGAAUGGUGGAGGUUGCGAUUGGGAUUAGCGUUGGGUUGUUUGUUGCAGCGUUGGUGGUUUAUCCUCUGGGGAAGCGGAGGAGCGGACUGUUCAGUUUUUAG